ACGGUGAUGGAAGCACGUUUAGAAGCAAUUUAAAAAUAUUUCUCAUACAAAUUACUUUUAUAAAAACCAUAGUGUAGUUUAAUACAGUAAACAAUAAUUUUAUUAGAUUAAAUCCUGCUACUCAUUUAAAAAAUUAAAACGAGUUUAGAGUACAACCUUAUUUAGUUACACGAGUUUUGUUUACCAUAAAACGGUAAUGCUAAAUACAAACACCUUCUCUGGUUUCUGCGAUCUGCUUAUAGAUAAGAAAUACGACAUUAAUAAAUUAAAUUUUAUUGAAAAACUUGGAUUCAAUACGAUUGCUAUCAAUACACAUGUCGAAGAAGGAAGCUAUGAACCGAAAAAGAAAAAAAAGAAAAAUGACCCUAAAGAAAACAAAGACCCAAUCCCAGCACCUGUUGAAAUACCAGAAGAUGUGAAAAAUAAAACUAAACUAAACAUUUUACAAAGAGUCACUAUAGAGUUCUCAGAUUCUAGUAUAUCUCACAAGUUUACUCAGUCCGAGAAUUUAAAGAAAUACGAUCUCAUAGCAGUUUUACCAAAAACCCUUCAAGCUUUUCAAUAUGCAUGUGGUACUCUCGAUGCUGAUUUAAUUACAUUUGAACCACAAACAAGGUUGCCUUUUAAAGUUACUCGCAAAUCAUAUAGACUAGCUGUGGAACGUGGGCUGUUCUUCGAACUCACAUAUUCACCAGCAAUAAGAGAUUCAUCAUCAAGAAAAAAUAUUAUAGCUACCGCUCAUAUUUAUCAUGCUGUUGGUAAAUCAAAAAACAUCAUUGUUACCAGUGGAGCUGACAACUCCACUCAAAUAAGAAGUGUUCAUGAUGUUUGUAACCUUGGGUUCAUCCUAGGUUUGAAUAGCAAUCAAAGUUUAGAAGUUGUUCGAAAUAAUGCACACAAGCUUAUUUUGAAAGCUCAAGGCAGGAGGUGUGGAAAACAUUAUAUGGAGGUUACUUCAGCGGUCAUUCAAAGUGAAAAUAAAAUACCUGAA